AAACAAGAAGGAAAAUCUCGAUUGCCGAUCGUCUCGGUAUGUUUGUAACUUUUGCUCGAUCAGAACGGACGUGUUUGCGUUGAAGUGUUGCUUUUCGCGUUCGAUUCCACAAUAAUCUUCCAACAGAAAAAAAAGUGCAUUCGGUGAAGACCAAAUGUGGAAUACAGAAACAAUCCAUGCAUCCGAAAUGGAUACUUCCGAGGGUAUUAAAAGAGCUUUAUUCUGCUCCCAUCUAUAUUAAUUGCAUGGAUUAAUUACGGGUACAGUUUCCCAUUGGAAGAUUUUGGAGGAAUAAUCUGGCCAAUUAAAUUGGGGUAAAUAAGCACUCUGUAGGUGUAUGGGAUUGCAAGGCCUUCUGUGAGUUUGCUUCUGUAUAUCCCCAAGCAAACUUCUCAGCGGAUGUUCAUAUCGGUGACGCAUAUCGAAACCGCCGCAGCCUUCUUGGUUUCCUCUGCUGCUGUGUUGUUUUUGCUAUUCAGUGACGACGAGUUCAAUGUUAUUCGAAUCCAAUAAUGAAAAAGCCCUUGGCAGUGAGAGCUAUAAGUGGUUCUUAAUCGUAGCAAUCUACUGUUCUCCGUGAAUGUGACGAAGUAGUGAAAGGAUAUCGGAAGCUGUCGAUUAAAUUUGAAUCGGGCUUAAUUUCUCUGGGCUAGUGCGUUUCCAAGCGAUUCUCAAGAAUCUCAAGUGGCUACCCCAUACUAAUGAAAAGUGCUUAAUUGGAAGGUAAACACAAUCCGGUCCAUUUCCUGUGAGUUCUUCUCGUGGUACGUGAUGAUGGCGCUAUCAAAAUUCUCAGUCUGUCCAUGAAAAAAGUGUACGAAUACUGAGGAAGGCGAAAAAAGGCAAAAUCGAAAGGAUUAUUACAACAACAACAGCAGAAACCAGGAGUGUGAAACGGCAAAGCGAAAUCGGAGGUUCCAGUAGGAAGCUGCCAUUCAUUUGAUGGUCCAAGCUGAGUGAGCUGUUGAAAAAUCCAAGAAUCACCCAAAAGACUGAGGAGAUACAAACACGAGAUGGCUUCCCUGGCCGACCCUGACACGGUUUGGUUGGAGGAACUGCUAUCGGACGUUCAGCUGGAACAGUUUUUGCCGCGGAUACGGGACGAGCUGCAGAUUACCCGGUUGGCACAUUUCGACUACGUCCAGGUUGAUGAUUUGGUGAAGAUUGGUUUGGGUAAGCCCGGCAUCCGGCGGCUUCUAGAGGCUGUGAAAAAGAAGAAAGCCCAACAGUGGCGGCGAAACAUUCUCUCGAAGCUAAUCGGUGGGGGCAAACAGCAGCCCCACAAGAAGCCAACCCGGGAAAGCGAGGAACCAUCGGCACUGGCUUUGACGUGUCUGAUUCACGAGAAAGAUGUCACAAUGUCAGUCAAGCUAGGAGACGGCUCGUUUGGAGUUGUUAGACGAGGAGAAUGGAAUGCUCCCGGUGGACAACUUGUCCAGGUGGCGGUUAAAAUCCUCAAAGCAGAUACCCUGGCACAGCCAGGUGUUAUCGAAGAUUUCUUCAAAGAAGUCCAAGCCAUGCAUGCACUCAACCAUACUAAUUUGGUCCGAUUGUACGGAGUUGUACUUUCGCAACCGAUGAUGAUGGUCACCGAACUUGCAGCGAACGGUUCCUUACUUGAUACUCUGAGAAAGCAAUGUAAAAAUACCUCAUUAGCUACCAUCUGGAACUGGGCCGUCCAAGUAGCAACCGGGAUGGCCUACCUGGAAAGCAAAAGAUUUUUGCACCGGGAUCUUGCCUGUCGAAACGUCCUGCUAGCUUCAGGAAACAAAAUCAAAAUUGGAGAUUUUGGUUUGAUGAGAGCGCUUCCCCAACAAGAGGAUUGCUACGUGAUGACCGAGCACAAGAAGGUCCCGUUCCCUUGGUGUGCACCGGAGUCAUUACGAUACCGGCAGUUCAGCCAUGCCUCGGAUACCUGGAUGUUUGCGGUGACUUUGUGGGAAAUGUUCACCUUUGGAGAGGAUCCUUGGGUCGGUCUUAAUGGUUCACAGAUUUUGAGGAAAAUCGAUCGUGAAGGUGAACGACUACACCAUCCAGAUGCAUGCCCACCGGAUGUUUAUCAGCUGAUGCUACAGUGCUGGGAUAAAACUCCAGCGGAACGACCCACCUUUGCCGCCAUCAAGGAAUUUCUUAUGGGGGCGCCCAUUCCCAUCUUCCGGGCGGUCAUGAAUUACGAGGCAGAGUCGCGGCUGAUCAUCGAACAGGGCGAUACGCUAGCCAUCAUAGAUGACCGCCCGGGUCUGCAGUUUAUCAAAGGUCAAAACCAACGGACGUUCGAUAUUGGCACUUUCCCUCGAAACGUCGCAGUAGAUGCUGCUAAACAUCGAGGCGGCACAAGCACCAUCAGUCGUCCCUUGCAUGAUUCAUUCCGGCAUACAGCCCAUGGUACGGCCUUCGGUACGUCAUGGGGAAAUCCAGGGACUUUGGAAAUGAAUGGCGAAGUUAAGCUGAGAAGCAAAAACAAGGAUAACUCAAAUGCGGACAGGAGGGGUAAAUGUAUCUCGGAACAGUAUGCCAAGGAGCGCAAAAGUAAUGCUCACAAACAGUUUGCUUACAACAAACUGGUCAAUGAAAAUAAUCACAAAAUGAGAAUGCAACAGCAGAAUCAGCUGGUGAAAGAUGCAAAAAAUCGCCCUCUUCGACCUCCCCAGCCUCAGAGUCUUCCUGCACAUGGGUCUGAUUCGGCUGAGGGUAUCCUCAUUGAUUUGUCCUCACCGGGAGAAGAUUCUAGUUCGAAUGGAUCAUUUUCAGCCCCAAGCCCCUCUUGUCGACAAUUUACCAGUAUUCUAGAUGAACCGAUAGAUGUCCCAACGUUGAGCCACAAUACGGAACAGGAACCGUCGAUGUUCGAUGAUCAAGAGUUCGAACAACAAACAGCCCGCUUGCAACCCCCUCCUUAUCAGAUGCCUCCUAAGUAUACGAAUACCAUGAACAUAGCGGUUGAUGUGGGUGAAUCAGAUCCGUUCGACACGAAAACAGUAUUCCAAAUAGAGAACAAAGUUUCUCCGAAUCAAUUUCAACAAAAUGCUACUUCUGAUUAUGAGAGUGGCCCGUCCAGUGUUGUAAGUGCCCGGGAACUGAUGGCUUCCAUAAAAAGACAACAGACACUGGAGGAGGCAGACGCGGGAGCUUGUGGACCAGUUUAUGGGAAUGUUAGUAGAGGCGCUAUAUCCAAAAUCAAUUCCAACUAUGGAAAAGUAAGUGAUUUGGAAGAAUUAUCCAAUUCCAUGAUAGCUUCCAUGAAUAGUACCGGAAAUACCUCUGGUAGUUCGUAUGGAAGCACUGGUAUAGGAACGAAUGAUUCUUUAGAGGUUAAUCUUAGUAAUUUAACUUUAGAAAGCGAUCAAAGUAAUUUAGGCGUUACUCCUAAAAAAAUAGACAAAUCGUUCCUUGCGGAACUGGAAAAAGAUAUUUAUAAAAAUCAAUCAAACAGUUUGAACAACUCGCAAACAUACGCGGCCAAGGCAAAUGCUAAGGACAGUUCAGUGAAUCACAUCUCUAGUCUCAUGAGUUCGCUUUCAAAGUACGAAAGCACUAGCGCUUACGGAAGCAACCAUGAAUCUGUAUCCAAUAAAAAUAUGAAUGCUAACUUGCUACAAACUUACGCUAACAGCAGCGUAGGAUCUACCAAUGAAAAUUUGGUCCAGCAGCGCAAUUACGAAAGUACGGCUUCAAUGAUUUCGCCUAAGAAACAGAACAAUGUGCCACCAUCCGAUACCAACAGUUUGGUAACACAGAUGUGGAUGGAACGAAAUACUACUCCAACUGGAAAUGAAAUCGUUUACGGAAAUGCUUCCGCCCAGUCUCCCCAGAAAACGCACAACUACGUCGCAGUGUCCAAUCGUCCAAUGUCUCGCAUUCAGAACGAUACCCGCCACUACGGAUCUACACCGAAUGUGACGGCCAUCAACUUGGUAGCUCAACAGCUCCAGCAACAAGCCGCUCAGUCUCAAUCGGUGACUUCAGUUCCUUCAAAAACACAACCGGCCCAAAAUAUUUAUAACAGCGUUUACAAUGGCAACGACAUCUACUCCACCGUCGGAAGUGACAUCUACGAUACAGUUGCAGCCACACCGUCUGUCUAUUACGAGAGGGUUCCCCAGCAGCAGCAACAACAGCAAAUAUACAACAAUGUCAAUAGCCAGCUCCCUGUUGCAGGAGCCAUUUACGAUGAAGUAACAAACGAUGAAUUCCUUAGACCGACGAGACCAGCACCUACGGCACCCCUCUCGGCUCAGCAGAUCCAGCGAAGGUUGGAUAGGCUUGCUCAGCAGGAUCAACAGGUGACCGCACUGAUGGCUGAGCUGGGAACCGAUGCCAGUGAACCGGAAGCCCGGGAAGCACUGGUGGCCGUUGGCUGGGAUCAUAACAUGGCCAUUCGGCACUUCAAGAUAGAGCGGCUUUGUAGACUUGGCUUGGCGAAUCGGUUGAAAUGCGAAGAGGCGCUACAUAAAACUGGUUGGAGCAUCCAACUGGCCGCAUCGAUCCUGUUGGAAACUUAAGUGAAUUGAAUGUGAAAAAAAACCACCCACUUACUACUAAACAUCACGAACAUACUACCUGAAUGUAAAAGCUGUAAAAGUCUCGGGAAUGGAUGACAACGAUUUUAUGAGUUUUCUGCUAAGCUUUUUCGCAGGCUUAUUUAUUGUUUUUAAGAAAAAAGAAACUAAAGUACCGCUCAAGUUAUUGAGCACUAUUAUUUUUUAUCAGUAAGUUUAAUGUAAAUAUUUGUUUAAUAGUAUUACGCGCAGAUGGAUGAAAUAGUUAACUGUAUCGUGUACAAAACAAUUAGCAAUUUUAAGAUCCCCAACCAACGCAUGAACUGCUAUCCAUCUUCCAACAUAGUGAUCAAACUCAAUUAAUGGAGCUUCUCUUUGAUGCAACCUUCAGUAGAACUGUAUUUUUAUUACAUAACUGGCAGAAGAAAACAAAAGUAGAAAUCAAUUGCAGGUUGUUAGGCAAUACUUUGCUCGAACAAGAAAUGAUCUUCUCAAAAAUAUGCUCUCUAUUUUUGUCCGUUACUAUGAUAGAAGUGUUCAAGUCGAAAAGAUAUUGAAGAUUAAACUAAAACUCAGUUUAAUGAUAUAAAUCAGGGGUGUCAUCGAAAUGCCAAAUGUCGGAAAUGAAUGAUGCUAAUUGACGAUUAACUUAGGUGGGUUUUUGAUUAAAGUAUUUAUACCCUUUUAUUUUUUGAAGAAGCUCUUGGUUUUUUCUAUGAGUGAACUCCUUCUAAUGUCUUUAAACGUUACAUUUUACAGGGGAAUAAAAAGGUCAAAUUAAUAAUCUUCAUAGAAGGUUAAAAUAGGAAUGCUUAUUGGAGACUUAAAUCGGAAUCAAUUUAAAAAAUUUGGGGGGUUUUUAAGAUUUUUUAUAGCAAUUAUCUGAAAUCCAAUUAUUCAUUACUUUAAAUGAUCUGAAAUCGUAGAAUGGAUCAAACAAUCCAAAAAAUAAAAAGGUAAUGAUUUUUUUGGUCCGAAAAAAGUAAAUUUUUUAUAGUUCAACUAAAAUUUGCCCUCGAGAAAAUCGUCAUAUCUAGCUAGAGCUUUGGUUAUUAUUAGAUAGUCUAUUUAACAGUAUUUGUUUAAACUAAUUGAAUGAAGAAGAAUUGUUUAAACUAUCUACUAUGUUAUCGAUUGGAAUGCAAACGUUUACUGUACAACCUGAGAGGUGGGAAAAUCAGAAUCUCUCGAAAUCUCUUCUCGAAGCCUGAGUUGCACGCAGGCCUCUUAUAGAAAAUAGCAAAUAAAAAAACAACCUGCCGAAAUCUAUAGCACUUGGUUACAAAUCAGUUCAGUAUAGUCUAUAUUUACAUCAUCUUUACAUACAGAAACUUAUGUGAAAUAUUGAAAUAUAUUUUAACUAACUACUCAGUUUAGUCAACAAA